GUGUACGUUAAUUAUUUUCGGAUUAAAACUAUGUUUUUUAGAAUAACAUAUAGUUUGAGGACUGAAAUGAGAUUUUAUUUUCUUGUAUUGUACUCCAAUGCAAUUAACCUUUUUCAUUUGGGGCAGCCCCAUUCGGCCGUUCCAUUCACGCGCUUAUCACAAAGAAAGAACAUCCAUCGUUUCGUCGCCCCUCAAACCGUUAUCACGGACGUCUUCUUUAACGGAAACCGUCGACGUUUAAUCUCAAUCCUUCGCCCUCUUCCUCAGUUGUAGAUUGUUGCAGAGAAUUCGAAGAUCUUUACGUGGAUUAACAUACUCAAGGGUUGAUAGAUUUGUUCUUCCCGAUUUGCCCCACUUCUGAAUUGAUAAAAUUCAUCAGGAACCAUAUUGAUUUUCUGCUCAAAGAAUGAGUGUUGCGGUGUUCUUUUUAGGGUUUUUUUGCUAAACUUCUGUAAAAGGUGGGGUUUUUUCAGAAAAUCCCACAAUUGAAUAGAUAGAAUUAAGAAAUGGGGGAAGAUUUUCUGACAAGCUUAGGUUUUGAAAACUGCCCACCAUCAACAUUCUUGUCAAUGGAUUCAAUCGCCACCUGUCACGAAGAAUCGGACCGAGAUAUGAAUAGGCAGAAUAUUCUUUCCGGACCACCGGAUAUCAAUCUGCCGUUUUCAGUAGAGCAAAGCCCUCCCCCUCAAUUGUGGAGCAACGAUUCGCUCGAUAUGUUCGAUGCUGGUCUUGGAUACCAAGCCGUCGACUCGGAUAAGCUUCUCGAUUUGCCUAAGAUGGGUCGAAAGUGUGCCAAGAAAUUGGAUAGUGUAUGGGGUGCUUGGUUCUUCUUCAGCUUCUACUUCAAGCCCGUUUUGAAAGACAAAUCGAAAUGCAAGAACAUAGUCAACGGGGUUUCGUCGGGCUUCGAAAAAUCCGAUCUUCAACUCGACGUCUUCUUAGUGCAGCACGAUAUGGAAAACAUGUACAUGUGGGUUUUCAAGGAUCGACCCGAAAAUGCACUCGGUAAAAUGCAGUUGAGGAGUUACAUGAACGGUCACGCUCGUCCAGGUCAGCGUCCGUUUCCAUUUAGUGCCGACAAGGGUUUCGUCAGGUCUCAUAAAAUGCAGAGGAAGCAGUACAGAGGACUCUCUAAUCCACAGUGUUUACAUGGUAUUGAGCUCGUUCCAUCGCCUAAUUUUAUAGCCCUCGACGAAGAAGAAAAGAAGAAGUGGGUCGAAUUAACCGGUAGAGAUCUCAGCUUCUCUAUCUUACCCGAGGCGAAAGAAUUCAGUUCUUGGAGAAAUCUCCCAAAUACAGACUUCGAACUCGAAAGUUUGAAGAAUAACAACUCGCACACUAAUCCCACAAAGAAACUUCUUAACGGGUCGGGUUUGAAUUUAUCAACUCAGCCACUAAACCAAGCAAUAAACGGCAAUGGAAUUGAUCUCUUACCUAACAAGAAGAGGAAAGAUUUAUUCGAAGAUUGUUUCUUGCCUAACGAUCUUAACGGAGAGUUCCACACUGUGGAGCAGCCGCAUUGGUUGAGUGAGUUUAGUGGUGUGAUGAAAUAUGUAUAUGGACCCGUAACUGCAGCUAAAACUAUUUACGAAGAUGAAGAAGGAUAUUUAAUACUCGUAACUUUGCCUUUUGCUGAUCCGGAAAAGGUGAAAGUGCAUUGGUGGAAUAAUCUGAGUCACGGUGUGGUGAAAAUCUCGUCUGUGAGUACUGCUUGCAUGCCGUUUGUUCAGAGAGGCGAACGGAGUUUUAAGCUUACUGAUCCAGCACCUGAGCACUGUCCACCUGGCGAGUUUAAAAGAGAAAUCCCGUUGCCUACUCGGAUACCCGAUAAUGCUAAACUUGAAGCGUACUUUGAUAAGAGUGGAACGGUUCUUGAGAUUAAUGUGCCUAAGCAUCGUGUGGGGCCGGAGGAGCAUGAGGUUACUGUGUGCCUUCGCCCGCCGAAUGAAUUUGGUUUGUCUUGAAACGAGGUGUUUUAUUUAAGUGGGGGAGAUUAAAGUACUGAUUGAGUAGGGUUUUUACUAAUAAGUAAUGAAAGUUAUACGUAGAUUAUAUUGAUUUCUGACUUGGCUCGAGCUCGAUGCUCUUUGCACCUUCGUCUUUUUUUUAUCCCUGAACUGUUGAUAGUUUUAGUUUGGGAAUUUAUUUUAUUUUUUUGGGGGUAAAUUACGGUUACCGUGAAGUAAGACUAAAUAACUUAGAAACCUUCGUGAUAUUGGUCAUUACAAAUACCCCCGAGCUAUUUCUCCGUACCCGUGUGAGUAACGAAAUCUUGAAGAUUCCAUUGAAUAUUCGUUAUGAAUUUCCAAAUUUACCCCAGGGUUAAAUGUAAUAUUUUGUCUUAUCCUAGGGAUACCCGUUAAUUUACCGAUAGAUUUAUCAUUUUUUUUUUGUUUAAUAAAAGGGUAAUUUAGACAGUUCCGUUAAGGUUUCCUACGGGCUGUUAGUUUUAAGGGGUAUUUGUAAUUUACUAAUACUAUAGGGGUUUGUAAGUUAUUUAGCUUGGGUACCCGUAAUUUAGUUUAGAUUCCGAAGUGAUUGGGAAUAAAGGUGAAAUUCUUA